AUGGCGCGCGCCAAUGGCAACGCUCGCUAUAUAAACACGAGCGCAGGCAGCUGCACCACUGUGGUCGGCCCCGUAACUCGCCGUGCGUUUCGUUUGCCAAAAAUGGGGCCUAAGCCAACGCUCGCCGCCACCGCCGCGUCCUUGCUCGCCGUCCUGGCCGCCGUCCACCUUGCCGUCGCGGCGACCGCGGUGGACGACGCCCCGCUGCCGAGGCUCCCGCAGCACGACAUCCCGGCCGUGUUCGCGUUCGGCGACUCCACGCUCGACACGGGCAACAACAACGUCCUGCCCACCAUGGUCCGCGCCGACCACGCGCCCUACGGCCGCGAGUUCCCCGGGGGCGCGCCCACGGGCCGCUUCUCCGACGGGAAGCUCCUCACCGACUACCUCGUGGAGGUGCUCGGCAUCAAGGAGCUCCUCCCGGCGUACCGCUCCGGCGCCGCCAACCUCACGGGCGCGGACCUAGCCACGGGCGUCUGCUUCGCGUCCGCCGGCUCCGGCCUCGACGACGCCACGGCCACCAACGCCGGCGUGGCGACGUUCGGCUCGCAGCUCGCGGACUUCAAGCAGCUCCUUGGCAAGAUAGGCGCCCGGAAGGCCCGCAAGGUGGUGAAGAAGUCGGUGUUCCUCGUGUCCGCCGCGACCAACGACAUGAUGAUGAACUACUACAUGCUGCCGUCGGGGAGGAGCAAGUACACGCUCGAGCAGUACCAUGACCUUCUCAUCGGCAACCUUCGAUCUUACAUUCAGGGCAUGUACGAGCUGGGCGCCCGGAGGAUGCUGGUGGCGGGGCUGCCGCCGGUGGGGUGCCUCCCGCUGCAGCUGACGAUGGCGGAGCUGCGGCAGCCGUCGAGGCCGCAGGGGUGCAUCGCGGAGCAGAACGCGGCGGCGGUGAGCUACAACGCCAAGCUGCAGCGGAUGCUCGCCGAGCUCCAGUCCCGCUCGCCCGGGGCCAGGGCCGUGUACGCCGACAUCUACAGCCCGCUCAAGGACAUGGUCGACCACCCCGGCAAGUACGGUUUCGUGGAGGCGAGCAAGGGCUGCUGCGGCACCGGGCUCCUGGAGAUGGGGCCGCUGUGCACCGAUAUGGUCCCGACGUGCGCGAAGCCGUCCGAGUUCAUGUUCUGGGACUCUGUCCACCCCACGCAGGCCACCUACAAAGCUGUCGCCGAACACUUCAUUCAGGCCAACAUCCUCCGAUUUGAGUGUGGUGUGCAACCAUGGCAAGCCGACGGAGAGGCGUUGCUUUUGAAGGCAUUCACACGGGCAGGAGGUUCCUUGCGUGUGAUUAGAAUGAAGGGAGAGCUGGAAAGGAGGAGGAAGAGAACAAGAAGAUGCAGGGAAAGGGUUGACAUGCUUAAGCAGCUAGAGUGUGCUCAAGCCAAUGUCAUUAGGAACCUGAACUUCAAUCACUUGAAAGAGAAGGAAAAGCUCAAUGAAGAGAGGAGGAACUUGGAGUUUGGUAUUGCUAAGCUCCUUAAGGGUGGGAAAAGAACAAGAUUAAAUUGUUGGGGAACGCAGUAUUUCAAAAAAAUUCCUAUGAUCACGCAAGAUCUAUCUAGGAGAUGCAUAGUAACGAGAGGAGAGAGUGCGUCUACGUACCCUGGUAGACCGGAAGCGAAAGCGUUUAGUAAUGCGGUUGAUCUAGUCAAACGUCUUCGUGAUCCAACCGAUCCUAGUACCGAACAUACGACACCUCCGCGUUCAGCACACGUUCAGCACGAUGACGUCCCUCGAGCUCUUGAUCCAGUUGAGGAUGAGGGAGAGUUUCAUCAGCACGACGGCGUGUUGACGGUGAUGAUGAAGUUACCGGCGCAGGGCUUCGCCUAA